GUGGAGGAGAACGCGGGCGGAAGGAGGAAGCGACCGAGCUAGAGGCGCUCCCGGAACUGGGUUUGGGUCGCGGCCAUGGGGGACAAGUUUGACCACUUGGAGGAACACUUGGAGAAGUUUGUGGAGAACAUUCGGCAGCUCGGCAUCAUCGUCAGUGACUUCCAGCCUAGCAGCCAGGCCGGCCUCAAUCAGAAGCUGAAUUUUAUCGUCACGGGCCUGCAGGACAUCGAUAAGUGCAGACAGCAGCUUCAUGACAUCACUGUGCCUUUGGAAGUGUUUGAAUACAUAGAUCAGGGUCGAAACCCGCAGCUCUACACCAAGGAGUGCCUGGAGAGGGCGCUGGCUAAGAACGAGCAAGUGAAAGGCAAGAUCGACACGAUGAAGAAAUUUAAAAGCCUGUUGAUUCAAGAGCUUUCCAAAGUAUUUCCUGAAGACAUGGCUAAGUAUCGCAGCAUCCGGGGGGAGGACCACCCCCCUUCCUAAGUGCCUCGUCCCCCCUGGGCAUCGUGGUGACUGUGAGGGCUGAUGCCGGCAAGUCCCCUGGCCUCCCCGCCCUCGUCCCUCGGCUUGGGAAUGGCAGGGCCGGAGGAGGGCAGGAGCUGCGCUCAGCCACCCUGCGACUUUCACACUGGUGCUGCCGGGUCACGGGGCAGUCUGGCUCGCUCUGUGUGCACGGGACGCAGGGAGGCAGUCCCUGGACGUACUAGACGGGCAGGUAGGAACUUGGCGACUUCUCCUGGGUACUUCUGUGGACUCUGCUCAUUCUGUGAUACCAGGAAGCCAGACAAAAUGAAAUGGGUUUAAUGUGGAAAGUGCUUUAGUUGGUUUUGUGUUUUCAAGAGUAGUGCAUAAAGAAUUUGUUAAUGGCAUCUCUGUUUUUAUGGAUUUCACUGGGAUAUAUGCAUUUAAUAAAGUCC